UGCUAGGAGUGACCGGAAGUGCUGGCUUUUAGCGGCUCUAAGAGUGAAGGGGUGAAGAUAGAGGCGGCAGCGAGGGGUCUGCUGAGGUCCUCUGGUUCUCGCGGCUGUGCUGGAAUUCAACUGCCACCAUGUCGAGCAAAAGGGCAAAGACCAAGGCCACCAAGAAGCGCCCUCAGCGCGCGACGUCCAACGUGUUCGCCAUGUUCGACCAGUCACAGAUUCAGGAGUUCAAGGAGGCGUUCAACAUGAUCGACCAGAACAGAGACGGCUUCAUCGACAAGGAGGACCUGCACGACAUGCUGGCCUCGCUUGGAAAAAACCCAACUGAUGACUACCUGGACGCCAUGAUGAACGAGGCGCCGGGCCCCAUCAACUUCACCAUGUUCCUCACCAUGUUCGGGGAGAAGCUCAACGGCACGGACCCCGAGGACGUCAUCCGGAACGCCUUCGCCUGCUUUGAUGAGGAGGCCACAGGCACCAUCCAGGAGGAUUACCUGCGCGAGCUGCUCACCACCAUGGGCGACCGCUUCACGGACGAGGAGGUGGACGAGCUGUACAGAGAGGCCCCCAUCGACAAGAAGGGCAACUUCAACUACAUCGAGUUCACGCGCAUCCUCAAGCAUGGGGCCAAGGACAAGGACGACUGAAAAGAACUCCAAAUUCCCUCCAAAUGCUCCUUGUUGCCACUUUGGGUAUUUCUGAGAUUUUCUCUUAGAGUCUGUUGCAUGCCUAUAGCUUGACAGCUUUCGCCUUUCUUGUUUUGUAUUUAUUCUCAGCCAUUUUGGGGCACAUGUACCUUUAUAAUCAGACUGGAAAUGGGACUUUUUGACGUUUUCAGAACAGAAGACAGGGUCAUUUAACUUUCCUGUGGUCCUCUUCCCCCCGUAACUGCGGUCUACAGAGUCAAUAUAUUUUUUCAGAGAAAGUUACCCACUCAAUUUUUUCUGAACCAUAAUUAAACUUUAUGAUAAAAUA